UUUUCUUGUCAAGAUCGUGUUUUUAUUUUGGUUCUUCCCAAUUGUGUCUCGUCUUUUCAAAGAUGGCCGAGACAUCGAUGUCCAGCCAUGGUCACCAAACAAAACUGUUAGAGAGUUCACACGGAGAAAACUGUGAGUUUUGCGUUUUACCUAAACCUUCGGCAUACCAUUGUAUAGAAUGCGACGCAAACUUAUGCGAAGACUGCUUCAAAAUCCCCCAAGAGAUUUCCCACGGUCAUCACCAGGGUCACAAUCUAAGACUAACGUUAACUUCAAAGCUACCCGAUCCGAAUGAUCCGACUGCUGACUAUUAUGGUUUUUAUUUCUUCAUAUGCAAAGGAUGCAAUUACAUUUCUUAUCCCCGUGGGCGUUACAUAUGCGACAUUUGCGAGUAUAGCAUGUGUGUUGAGUGUGCGAUAUCGACAACAAGCAAGACGUCACUCGGAUGGGAAAUUAACGAGGAGUUCUCGCAUUGGAGCGAUGCCCACCAACUUGUGAGAUGCAGGUUUAGAGAGUACGUUGUCGUGGUAGAACGGUUUCGAUACGCUUGCAUGAUAUGCCAGCUCUCAAUGUGGGGGACGGGCUAUGCUUGUCUUGAACUUAAAUGCAACAACUUCAUACACGAGUCGUGCAUCGAGACAUCUCGAGUCAUGCACCAUCCUUUGCACCGUCACCCUCUUACUCACCAAGUUUUCAUCCUCGCUCCUUCGUAUCUACGGUGUCGGGCUUGCUGGCAGCUACUCACCAUGGAAAAUCUAGCAACUUAUAAUUGCGACAAAUGUAAGUUUGCAUUGCAUUUUCAAUGUGCCGGUUCAACCCUCCGGCCCAUGAAGUUUGAAUCCCACGAACACAGUCUUGUAAGCGUUCUCACCGGAAACACUUCGUUUUGGUGUUACAUUUGUAAAAAGCAUGUCCAAAAUCACGGUCUCCGUUGCAUGCAAUGCAAGAAGAUGUUUCACGUCAAGUGUGUUUCCGUUCCGCGAGAUUUGGAACACCGACAUCAUCACGAGCAUAAACUUACUCUUAUGGAUGGAUUGCCAUACAUAUCUCGUAAAUAUAUACAGAGCGAGUAUUCAUGUGAUGUAUGUGAGGGAAUGAUAAAGGAAGCAGCACAUGUUCAUGUUUAUGGAUGUAAUGAGUGCAAGUUAUAUGCCCACAUCGAAUGCUUGCUAAGUAAGGAAGAUGGAUUUAAGCAUUUUUCAUCAUCCUUGUGGCCAAAGAAGUAUAAUGAUAAGCGACAGGAGGAUUCCAGUCACUCAAUUGACGAGAUAAAAAAGACGAUCCAUGACCAUCCCUUGCGCUUGAAAGAUCAUGGGGCUAAUAAACUUUGUCAAAUGUGCAUGCUUCAAAUCAAUGGCCAAGCCUACGCAUGCGAGGAUUGUCAUGGCGAUAAUUUCUGGGUCCACGAGAAAUGUGCGGCAUUGCCUCAAACCUUAGACGACCAUCCUUUUCAUCCGAAUCACAAGCUCUAUCUCACUCGGCGUUCAGAUACUUUCGUUGUAUGUGAGGUCUGCGGAUACGCUUCUCUGGGAUUUCAUUUCUCCUGCCGCGCUUGUAGAUUCGUCAUAGACGUCAAAUGCGCGUUCCUAAGAGAGAUCGGACAAACGUUCUACGAUAAACACGAUGGAAAGACCAUAAAGCACGCUCUCCACCGAGGACAUGAACUAACCCUUGUGAAUUUCGGGACAUAUCAAACGGUACGGUGCUAUAUGUGCGGAGAAGAACUCUUAGGCCCAUCAUACAGCUGCACACAAUGCGUAAGGUUCCGGGGUUUCCACAAAACUUGCAUGGAAUGGCCGAGUUUGGUCGAGGGACAUCCUAUUGCUCCUCAACAUGUUCUUCAGCUUGAUCACCCGGAUCUGUGGUAUCCGGAAGAUCCAGAAUGUUUUGCGUGUGGAGAUCGAAUAGAAUCGUUGUUCGGCUACAAAGUUACCGGCCCAGAAAGAGGUAUAUUUUACCAUAUUGAAUGUGGUAGUUCUCUGGUCCGUCCCUUAAGACGUCAAGGUCAUGCCCAUGAAUUCUACUAUGUGCACGACAAACCUUGUAAAGGUGUUCGUGGAGGUGGAAAUAACGGCACGAUUCUUAGAUGCGCCUCUUGCCGGGAGGAAGUGAGGAAUUCGUAUUAUCGAUGUCUCAAAUGCAAUCUCUAUUUCCAUUUUGGAUGUCUUCGUGAUGGCGCGUGGUUACCACGGACCGCCAAACAUAGACACCACGUCCAUUGGCUGUCUCUCAAGGAGUACGCCUGUUAUGGAGGUUACUACUGUGAUAUCUGUGAAGAGUCGAGAUACUCUCAACAUCCGUCAUAUGGAUGUGACGACUGUGGAUUCGUUGGGCAUAUCGAAUGCAUAGUAUGCGAGGAAAACGCCUCCAGUGUGGUGCUGGAAGAGAUUGAAAGUGACGGUAUGAAGAUUCAAGAGUGUUCGUCCGCCCCGUGAGACAUUAGUCUGUUUAUUUAAGGGAAAAAAUCCUAAAAAUUCCUAAACUUAUAUUUUGGAAUAAUAUUAAUUCCUAAACUUG